AUGACCAACCCAAACACGACCAACUCAGCCAACCUGAACAACGCAAGCAAUCUCCAAGCCACCGCGCCGCCAGGUCAAGAAGCCACGCCUGACAAGAGCUUUGGUGCCGCGCCUUCGUCGACCAGCGCUGGGGAUAACAAAACCUCCUAUACUUCAUCAGACCCCACCACGCACCCGGACGCCAAACCCACCAGCAAAAUCGCCGGAGAUCUCAAGGGGAUGGCCCAGGGGGUAGCCGGAUCCGUGCAAGCCGCGGUGGGCACCACAUUCGGGCAGAAAGGCAUGGCGGACAAGGGGUUCGAGAAGAUGUCCGAGGAAGACGCACGGUUAGCUGCCAAGUCUGGAGUACCGCCCGUGGGGACAGAGCAGCGGGACAAGGUUCUUUGA